AUGUCUACAACAAAGUGCGAGCCGUUCUCGAUGGACGAGCUGGUGAUGUUUGGUGACAGCAUCACUCAAUUUGCUUGGCAAGCAGGCGGCACAGGCGCAGAACUAGCCAAUUACUAUCAGCGCAGAUUAGACGUAGUCAACCGGGGAUUCUCGGGCUACAACACUGCCUGGGCUCUCCAUGUUGCCAAAAAGAUAUUUCCGGCGCAGUCUGCUGGCAGUAAUAGCUUUCCCAGGAAGCGAAUCGUGACAAUCUGGUUUGGGGCAAACGAUGCAGUGAUCCCACCGAAGCCACAGACGGUGACGCCGGAGCAGUUUGUGGAAAACAUGGUGAAACUGAUUGAGAUGAUCCAAGCGCACGCGUCUCCGACGGGCUCACACCAAGACGGCUCCCAGCUGCUGGUCGUCCUGAUCACCCCGCCGCCGAUCUCCGUUGCGCUGCGUGCGGCCAACCUAGCGUCCCGGUUCCCGGACUGGCGACCCGAGAACAUGGACCGUGACCCAGCCAGGACCCGGCUCUUCGCCGAGCUUGUCUGCCAGGUUGCUCAGCAGAAAGGGCUCCCAGUGAUCGACACCUGGACGGCCAUCACGAAGGCGGCUGACGAGAGUCAGGGCGGGUUGUCCACAUUCCUCGUCGAUGGCUUGCAUCUCACUCCUGCGGGAUACGAGAUCGUCACUCAAGAAUUUAAAUCGAUCUUGACUCGCCACUACCCAAGCUUCUUGCCCGAAAGCCUCCCACACGAUUUUCCAUGGUGGAAUGAUAUUGACGCCGAACAUCCCGAAAAUAGUUUUCCUAGCUGCUGCUAG